CGGGAGCGACUGCCGGGGUCGAGGGCAGGGCACCCAGCGACGGCGCGGAGCUCUCGAAAGCUUGGACUCGGGAGCUCGCGCGUUGCCACCGUAGCAACGGCAAAACGGAAGCUAAUUCCAGGAGCAGCCCUGGGUCCGGCCGGAAACCGUGUUCUUCCUGGAGCGGCGAUUCGUACCUCGGCGCCCCGGUGGCGACGGGCUGGCAUCUGCCGCGCUGCGGGAGCACCUCACCUGGUCGGAGGAAACGGGAUUUGGCGCGCACCUCCGGCCGCCUCGGAACCAGCAGCCACGGUGAGCCCUGCUGCAACGGUGAAAACGUUCUUUUAUUGUCUUGCCUGACGUUUGUUUUGAAAGUGGACUGUCCAGCGUGUGGCAUCUCAUUUUCCUAGCGGCUAAAUCUCUGGAUUCUCAUGCACUGCUGGAGAUAAUACUCAAGCGCCGCAGUGGGGAUUUUUUUGCAGUCGGCUUUUCUUUGAGGCGUGGUUGAAUGAAUAGCCUGCUUAGCAUAUGAAAAUGGCAGCACGGAAAGACGCCAUCCCUUCUUUGUCGGAGUGCCAGUGCCUGAUCUGCACGGAAAUCCUAAUCGAACCCGUCACCCUCCCUUGUAACCACACGCUCUGCAACCCGUGCUUUCAGUCGACCGUCGAAAAGGCGAGUUUAUGCUGCCCCUUCUGUCGCCGCCGGGUCUCUUCAUGGACCCGCUACCACACCCGAAGAAACUCCCUUGUCAAUCAGGACCUGUGGGAGCGCAUUCAGAAAUACUACCCCAAAGAGUGCAAGCUUAGAGCCUGUGGGCAAGCGUCCGAGCAACUCGUUGAUGACUAUCAGCCAGUGCGUGUAUUAAGUAUACCUGGGGAGUUAAGAAAAGAAUAUGAAGAGGAGAUAAGUAAGUUGGAGGCAGAGCGAAGAGCCACCGCGGAGCAGGAACACCGAGUCAGUGAGGACUACAUCCAGCGGCUGCUGGCAGAGGAGGAGGAGGCAGAGAAAAGGCGAACAGAAGAGAGGCAAAGAGAGCUGGAGGAGCAACUGCAAAGUGAUGAAGAGCUGGCAAGAAAACUAAGCAUUACUAUUAACAAUUUCUGUGAGAAAAGUGUCUUGGAUUCUCCUUUGAAUUCCAGGAAGUCUAAUCCAGUCACAGUCAAGUCACAAAAGAAAAAUAAGAAUCGUCCAAAAAACACUGGAAGUAUUCAGAAAUGGCAGCUUGUUUUUAAAGAAGCCUUUAAGGCCCCAGGCAGUAUUCUUUCUAAUAAACGGGAAACUGACCGUGGAGAUUUGAAGAGCCCUGUGUGUCAAGACACAGAAUUUGAAGAAGAUAUGCCAACACUUUCUCCGCAGAUGGACCGUGAAAGUGAAGAAGAGAAUGCAAAAUCUUCAUUCGAGUCUUCUAUGCCUCAGUUAAGUGCCUGUGGUGCAGAAUGGUGUCUUGAAGGAGAAGUGAAAACAAGACGACCACUCAAUCAUGAUAAAGAGUUAUAUGCCGUAAAUCAUAAGGAACCUAAGAUCAGAAUUCCCCGCUCUGGAAAAGAGGCAGUUAAAGCGUAUGGUGACAUAGAGAGCGGGCUCGAUCUCUCUGACACGACACAGAUCACUGGUAAGGGCACAGUAGAGACAAGAAAUGAAGCAACCAGCUUACCAAUCAGUAGUAGGGAUAUUUCCAAAAGUGAAAACCAGGAAUCUCCCUCUGAAGCAGUUAAGGAUCCAUGCUUUUCUGCAAAAAGAAAGAGAACAUCCCCAAACCAAGAGGAAACAGAAAUCAACUUGACCCAGAAACUGAUUGAGUUGGAGCAUCUACUUUUUGAAAGACAUAAACAAGAAGAACAGGACAGGUUAUUGGCAUUACAACUUCAGAAAGAGGUGGAUAAAGAAGAAAUGGUGCUCAACCGGCAAAAAGGAUCCCCAGGUGGGUAUCAGUUACGUGCUGCAUCCUUUUCUCCAGACAAACUACUAAUGGGGCAGAAGAAGAAUUCUGACGAUAGGACCUUCAAGACACAAACUGAUAGAGAACAUUCAAAAUCUUGGAGAAGCCUAAGAGAUGAAAACUGGCAACCUCUUAAGAUAGAUUUGAAACAUUCAGUUACAGUUAAUGGAAGGAGGACACCAAAUUCUGCCAGAGCUCAUUGUAAUGUCUCAAAAAAGGCCCAUUCCCUACAGUCUAGUAAUUCACAGAAAAGUAUUUUUCAAAUGUUUCAGAGAUACCAAAAGUAAUGCACGGGUAAAGUGUGGUGUGUUUUGUGAUCUGGUAAUGCUGGAUUGUGAUGCUGGCAUAUUCGGUAUAGAAUCUCAUAGGUAAGCGUUCUCUCUGGAUUUAUGUCCAUUGUCCUUACUUAAAGGACUGCAGUUACAAGGGAAGAAUAUACUAAUGUGUUUCUCCAAAGCUCAGUAUGAUCAAUAAGGGUCCCAAUCUUUUACAUUUUUAACUGAUGUACCGAGUCGGACAUUCCUUUAUUAUAGUUAUAAAAUACCUUUGUCAGUUCCAAGAUAUCUUCGGUUAUCUCUUCCUCAAAAAAUGCUUGCCUUUUUGUCAUGACUAGUGAUCAAAGCAAGACUAUAUAAAGUAGUUAAAGAACCCAAGUAGGGUUUACAAAGUACAUUUUCUUGCUACAUCUCCCCUAUAUUUACUGAGCACUUGCACUGCAACUUCUCUUAACACUAACGUAAUCAAACUUCCAUUUCUACUAUAAUUAAAUUUUAAGCAUUAUAACAUUUUCUUUGAAUUAUGAAGUAUUAGGAUCAGUGGCAAACCAUAAAAUUAUUAGUCUUCUGGAAAAUAGGAAAUUGUUUGACAGAAAGGAAAUUAGACUCUUGGUGCAAAGGAAUAUUGAGUUAGAGUGAGACCGGGUGGGUUAGAUCAAGUUUGAGAGCAUUGGAUCACAAUACAUGAUCAAAGACUGGGCACCGAAUGGAAUAGCAGGUAUAAUUUGGCAUAGUAUUCUCCUUUGUCCUUUUCUUUGCUGAAUGGCACAGAAGACACAUGAGUUUUUCAUAGUUUUUCACAGAAUGGUAUGUAGUGUGAAAAUUAAAAUGAUUGAGUAUUUGAAAAUUCUCGUAGUCUGCUAUUCCAGGAAAAAUGGAGUGGUUCUGAGGGUUGUAUUGCAAGACCCUUUGUUGGGAAGCCUGUGACAUAACCAUGUGUCUAUUUCCUUAUAUUAUCAUUUGUACUGAUGGUUAUUUUUAGUUGUUUAUGGACAAAAAUAGAAGGUGUGCUACUUCAGUUUUGCCCUGUCUUGCCCCUAGAAGUUAAAUCAAGUUGUGAUUUCAUUUUGAGAAAUUUAAAAUGUAGAGACUGUUUCAUUAAUCUGAACCACUUUUGCCAAAAUACAGCAGUCUUUAACAGCAUUUCUGCUGAUUACCUAGCCAUCCAUUUAAUGGAAAAAUAAAAUAUUUUAGAGCUAAUUCUAGCUUCAAUUUGUCAAUAUUUUUAUUAAUGUUAACCAUUUUUCUUCAAUACUGACUGGGUAAUUAUGGGUAGAAUUCUAAUAAUAAUUAUAAAAUUUUAGUUUGCUCUGUCAGAAAAAAAGUUGCCUUUUAAAAAAGAUUAUAGUAGAAUGAAGUUGAGUCAGAAAUUCAAGAUUCUCAUCAAGCCAUACUUCCCUAGGAAACAUCACUUUAUAUUUUAGGGUAAUGGUGGUAUUCCUCAAAUUAAAAGUUAUCCAAUUAAAUCAUCCUAGAAUAAUAGCUGACCAAAAAUGAGGAAAAUACAGCCCACAGUGUGGUGUAUUUAGAAUUUAUGCAUUUAACCACUUAAUUGUCUAGAGAAGUCUUCUUGACUAAAGUUGAUUUUAAAGUUAAAUUUAAUUUCUCAAUAAGUCUUUUUUGCUAUUCCUACCAUUUAUGUAUGCCUUUUUACAAGAAAAUAAAUGCUUGUGUCGGUCAUUAGACUGUAUUGCUAAUUUUUUCUCUUAUUUUUUGUAGUACAGAUAUGAGAAUGUUUAAUUACCAAGGUGUACAAAUGCUGUGCAUAGAUUGAGAAUUUGAAAAUUAAAAUAAUUAUGAAAAAUAAAAAUUGAGUACAUAAAAUUUAGUAAGAGUGUGCAUUUUUAAAAUGGCUAAUUCCAAAGCUUUGCAAAAUGGGGAAGACAUAGUUGCAACUGACCACAAAGUGCUUAAUUUCUUUUAAAGCAGGGGGAAAAUCAUUGCUGGUAUCAAAUGUAUCUUAACUGAAAACAGACUACCAGAAAGGGGUUCACUUGUAUUUCAUUGACUGCAAGACAUUCAACUAUGUGGCUCAUAACAAACCAUGACUAACAAUGAAAAGAGUGGGAAUUCUAGAACACUAAUUUUGUUUAUAUGGAGCCAGUACACAGACAAAGCGGCUGUUACUCAAACAGAACAAGGGGAUUGCUGCAUGGUUUAAAAUAAUGGUUUAAAAGGUGUGCAUCAUGUUUACUCAAUUUGUAUGCUGCAUAAGGCUUGAGAAACUGAACUAUAUGAAAAGAAUGUGGCUUCAGGACUGUGAUACGCAGGUGGCACAACUCGGCUUACUGAAAGGACUUGACGUACUGAAUUGAUGAAGAUCAAGGAUUAUAACCUUCAAAGAUGGAUUAUACCACAAUAAAAACAAAAAUGCUCACAGUUGGACAUAGUGAAGUUGUGAAGGAUUUUUUCCCUUUUUUGAUCCAUAAUCAAAGCCCAUGGAAACAGCAGUCCUGCAGUUCUGCCUCUAGGAAUCCCUUGAAGGUGUCUUCACGUGUGUGUAGAAAUGACAUGUACAGAAAAACCUCUGUUAGAGCAGUGUCUGUAAUCACAUAGUGUCAAAACAGCCUGAAUGUUCACCAGUAGGCAUUAGAGAAAUGAUAGUGCAAUGGAGUAUUAUACAGCCUUAAAUAACAAAAGCAGUUUAUGAAUUUGAAACUAAAUAGAGUUAAAUGAAAAAUUCUAGGUGCCAUUGAGUUGGCUCUGACCCGUAAGUGCACAGCAGAAUGAAGCAUUGUACGAUCCUGCACAAUCCUUAUCAUUGUUCUUAUGCCUGAGCCCAUUGUUAAAAAAUACAAGAUUGAAAAUAGUGUGUGUGAUGUGCAACUGUUGUCCAGUAAAACUACAUGUCUUUAAAUAUAUAUGUAUAUUUUGAAACCUU